AUCAGCUGGGUUUCCUUGUGAAGCUAUGUGACGUCAUUUCCGCGCGACGGAGCCGUCGCUCGUUGUGUUUUUCACGUGUAGCAGCAAAGAAAAGAUGGAGAAAAGAGAGGAGGAGGAGAGGAAGACUACAGAUGCUCAAGAGGAAGAAGAGGAGGAAGAGGGGAAAAUGACAACAGCUCAAGAGGAGGAAGAGGAGGGAGAGGAGGAAGAGGGGAAGAUGACAACAGCUCAAGAGGAAGAGGAGGAAGAGGAGGAAGAUGAGGGAGAGGAGGAAGAGGAGAAGAUGACAACGGAGGAAGAAGAGGAAGAGGGGAAGAUGACUACAGCUCAGGGAGCUGAGGAUGAGGAGGAGGAGGAGGAAGAGGGGGGAGGACCAGCUGUUGAAGAUGCUGCUGUGAUGAAGAAGAAGAUGAAAUUCAAAGAUUCUAAGUUUGUUCCAGGAAUCGUUUACAUAGGUCACAUUCCUCCGAAGCUCCGCCCCAAACACCUGAGGAACAUGUUGUCUGUGCACGGAGAGAUCGGACGAGUGUUCCUGCAACCUGAAGAUCUUCAGGUCAGAAGGAGGAAGAAGAAGUCCGGCUUGAGAAGGUGUGACUUCACUGAGGGAUGGGUGGAGUUCAGGGAUAAACGAAUGGCGAAGCGAGUGGCGGCGUCUCUACACAACACGCAGAUGGGAAACAGGAAACGCCAUCGCUUCUCUGCCGACCUCUGGAGCAUCAAGUACCUGCACCGGUUCCAGUGGACUCACCUGAGCGAGCAGCUGGCCUAUCAGAGGAUAGUUCAGCAGCAGAGACUCAGGACUGAAGUUUCUCAGGCGAAGAAAGAAACAAACUUCUACCUGAACAACGUGGAGAUGAGUUCUAACCUGGACAAAGACAGGAAGAAGAGACGAAGAGACGGAGGACAGGCCGAGGACAAGACGUGGGACUUCACUCAGCGACAGACAGAGGAGGAGAUCCAGAUGAAGAAGAACAAAAAGAAAGACUCCAUUUCCCAGAAGCACCUUGACAAGGCCCGCUCCAUUCAGCAGAAGAGCCAAUCAAAUGUCUCCCUGUUGACCAAGAUUUUCAACUCCAACCAAUCAAAGUGAGAGACGGCUGAUUUCCACAGAGACAGUAAACAAACUGAUGAACUUCACCAGCCAAUCUGAGCUCAGUCUGAGUUGAGGGGUGGCGCCAUUGGAGCAGCCUGCUGACCUGAUUGGUUGAUUCUUAUGCAGAAGCUGCUAACGAGCUCAUUAGAGCCAAUGACCUGUUUUUAUUUUAUCAAUAAAAAAUUAAAUAAA